AUGGAACAUUCCCGGAACGGGCCAACGUUCCACCCACUUCAGGGAACAGACAUAAAGGCGCAGACCCAGCUCCCCACAGUGCACAGCCCAAACACACAUGUCCCUUCCCGGUCCCCGGGCAGACGCACAGACCAACACGCAUGCAAACCGCCCCCACCCGUCUCCGAGCGCCCCUGGCCAGCCCGCCGCGCCGGGAGCCGCUCCGCGGCCGGUGCACCCGCAAAGCCAGGGCGCCUCCUCCUGAACCUUCCAUCGAGACAGUCCCCUCCUUCCUUGCUUCCUUCCUUCUCUCCUUCCUUCCUUCCCGGCUCGGGAGGAGAAAGGAGUCGCCGAAAUGCCAACAGCCGGCGCCUUCACUGCCCUCGUUCGGCCUUAGGCCGGCGGCCCGGUCCUCGUGCCUCCCGCCCGCCCCCGACCCGCGCCGCGCGGCCCCCUCCCCCGCUACCUGACGACGGGCGGCCAGCUGCCGCGGCAGCCGCAGCGGUGGCCGGGCGGUCGCUCCCGCGCCGCCCCCUCCCCCCAGGACAUUACGCAAAGCAGCCACCCCUCAUCUGCAUAGAUCCUCGGCCAGGGUAUUCCCCGCAUUUCCCAACGCGCCGGACCCCCCCACCUGAGGUCUCCCCCAUCCCCGCCCCCUCCGACCCUCACCCUCGCGCCGCAGACCAGGGGCCGAGGGCGCGCGCCGGGAGGGGCUAUGGGGUCCGGCAGCGGCGAUUUCGCUGUAAAGUGAAACGAGCUGCUAAUGCUAAGGGAGGCAGGAAAAACACCGCGCCGAGGCCACUUACCGAGCCGAGGAACCUAGAUUCCCGCCGCUCUGCUCACCCGAAUGGUUGGUCCGCCCUCCGCUCACCCCAAGGCUGCACCCAGCACCCCAAAGUCGAGACGUGUAGGAAUAUGAUUAACGAGCCGGGAGACCCUCCAAGUUGCUCCGGGCUCCCAGGAGCUUCAACGUCCAAGACACAACUUGGCGGAGACUUGUGCCACAGUCACCGAGGAUGUUUCUGCGGAGACCCUCCUCCGGCGGGGAGAGACAGCGCUCGGCGGCGCCCCGCUUGCCUCCUCUCCACCCCCCUCACCUCCAGCCCGCCUCCCGCCGGCCGCCCGCCUCUGGGCCUCGAGCCCCUAGGGCGGCUGUCAGCUCCCGGCCGCCGCCGGGUGACAGGAGCCGGAGGAGGGCGCGACGCGGCGGCCCAAGCCCGAGCGGGCGAGGGGGAUCCUCGCAGCAGCAGCAGCAGCAGCGGCGGCCGCUCACCUGGAAAGCUCCUCUUUCCUUUAUUUAUUUUUCUGACACUGUACGGAGAUGGUCCCGGGACAGAGGCCGCCGGGCUCGGGAGGGAGCCGCGAGGCCCGGGCCGCAGCAGUCUGCGUGCGGGAGCCGCAGCGGCCGCCUCCCCUCCCGGUCUGUGGACGCACGGGGUUAUUCCUGGCAGCGCCUCCCCGAACAGAAGUUACUAG